AUGUCGGAAGCGAGUGUCACGCCAUGGGUUGAUGUUGUCGAGGCUCCUAGCGCAGAGAAGCCGGGAGACAUCACGGAUGCCGAUUUUCCAGUACUUCCCAGUGAUCAAACAGAUAAGCUUCAUAAGACGAAUGAGCUGGAUGAAACGACUGAGCUUUACAGCGCAGACAAGCCCAACAAAACGGACACGCCGGAUGGAACGAAUAAUUUGGUCUCACAAGCAUCAGCAUCCUUGGCGGCCAAGUGGCAGGGUGCUUGGGGAACCAAAGAUAUACAAGCUGCGAUUGCAAAAGAUCGUGAGAAGAGGGGCCAACCAACAAUGGCCCAGCCCCGUACCAAUACGGCGGCAUCCCAGUCAGCCGCCAUCAUGGAGGACUCGAUGGAUAUGGAUGAUCCGGAAAAUCCAUACUUUAACGCGUCUACUUACUUUUCAACCGUCAUCAACAAGUACAUUUGCCCAAAGCUAGUAUGCGGUAAAUACUACGAUACAAAGUUGGGCAUCAUCAGGCAUCUCAAUUCCCCUGCCCAUGGGCCUAAGACGUAUGAGUGCCCGAAGUGCUCGCGAAUCUUCAAAUCUGCCGAGGCAAUGAUGUACCAUGCCGAGUCAGCAGGGGCGCGCUGCCUUAUUCGAGAGACGGAGCACUACGGUGCCUUUGUGGACCAGCUCACGGGGGGAAUUGUGCAGGCGGAAACUAAUUCCCAGAGAGAUGCUGUCGAGUACAGCGUAAAGAAAGACGUGGUCAAAAAGGUGUUCUGGUAA